AGCGCGCCGAUUGGCGGGUUCAAAAGACGGCGGCGGAAGGGGUUGCGGAGACCAUGGCGGCGGAGGGGCUGCUCUGCGCUGUCGGGCGAUGGGGGCUCCGCGAUGUCAGCUCCACCUGGGUCGACACAAUCUGGGAGCUGGAUUUCACGGAGACUGAGCCUUUGGAUCCUAGGCAAGAGAGUGUGAUAACAGAGGAUGGUUUGGAUGCCUUCACUCAACUCUACAAGGGUCUCUGUCCCUUUGCGGAUGAGCAUGGAACCACUGAAAGUAUCUGGACCCUGUUUGCAGAGAACAACAUCUCUCACAAAGCCCUUGUUGCUGUCUUAUAUCACUUUGUCCAAGACGCCCAGAGUAAAAAGGCUUCUGUUCCCCAGCGGCUGCACGCUCUGCAUGCUGCUGGGCUGUACUUCUUGUUGGUGGAAAUUCCAGGCAGCGUUGCCAAUCAGAUGUUCCAUUCAGUGAUGUUUGAGAAGUGUCUUCAGACCCUGUGCAAAUGCUGGCCUCAAGCCUCGGACUUGCCCAGGAAAAGGAAAAAAGGCUCCAGCCAAAGCUCUCAGGGUGACAGGAAUAAGAAGAGGGGACGAUCAACACGAAAGGAGAAUACCCUGAUGGAUGAGAUGUUCGAGGAGGAAGAAGAGCAGGAAGAAGAGCUUUACUUAUCUGCGCAUGAGCUGCUGCAAAUUCGAGAGGCCCUUUUCCUCCUCUUGAAAAACCUCCUGAGGCUUCUUUCCAAGUUCUCCCUGAAAGAGAAGUCACACUGUUUGCAGACUUGCAUCCAGAUCUUCGUUGGUCUGACCAGUUUUGAGCCCUGCACGUUUGAGUUUCACCCUUCAGAAAGAAUGACUCCUAACCAAGCCAGAUAUGUCCCUGAACUUGCCUAUUUUGGCUUACGACUGUUGUGUUCCCCACUUCACAGCAUAGAAGAUAAGGCUCUGCUCCGGGUCUUCCACCAGCUUCUGAGUGUCAUCCUCAUGUCUCCCAGGAGAGAAGGAUCCAGCGCUGUGUCUGCCACUCUCCCGUCGCAGGUCGUUGCUGCUAGGAACCAGGCAAUCAAAUUCAUAAGCUCUCUCACUGAGGAUCUGAAGGAGGCCGCCUUCCCAGUACUGCGCAUCCUGUUGCAACAUAUUUGUGUCAAGGUCCCUGAUAAAUCGGAAUACCGAACAUAUGCAGCCCUAGCGUUGGCACAGCUGCUGCCUCGGCUCCCUUCUGUGGAACACGCUGACUUCAUCGCUUGGCUCUAUAGAUUCUCACGCAAUAACAAGGUCUCCUACAGGGUGUUUGCCAUCGAUGCUGCCAUGGCCCUGCUGGACCUUCCGGAGCGGGUCCCGGACCCUCCUUUGUCUGAGGAGCAGCAGGCCUUCCUGAAGCACAAGUUCCUGGUACAGGUCAUGGUCUUUGGCCGGUGCUCGGAUAAAGUGCCGACUGUCCGCAGCAAGGCGCUUUCCAGCUUGGCUCAGUGCCUGGAAACGAAAGCCCCGUCGAGCGUGGAGAGCCUGCAGGAGCUGCUGCAGGGCCCUGCUGCUUCUACAGUUAUGGGCACGGACACAGCUGCUGGGACUUUCCUAACCAAUACAGAAGGUUCCUCCAGCCAUCGCCUGAAAACAUUUCCAACAUUCAAAACUAUUGAAGUGACCAGUGAACAUGAUACCAUUGAGUUUGAUGGAAAGGAGAUCAUGGCCAUGCUGAGACUGAGAGCUGGGGAUGAGAAGACCAAUGUUAGGAAGUCUGCACUCCAGGUGCUCAUGAGCAUCUUGAAACACAAUGUGAUUCCAUGCACACCUGAAGACUUGGCCAUGCUCCAGGAUCGGUGUCGGGAUCCGGCCGUCUCUGUGAGGAAGCAAGCCCUGCAGUCUAUUACGGACCUCUUGAUGUCUCAGCCAAGCAGUGUCCUGAUCCAGAAGGCCUGGCUGACAGGCGUUGUCCCUGUGGUCAUGGACUGCGAGAACUCUGUGCAGGAGAAAGCUCUGGAAUGCCUUGAUCAGCUCCUACUUCAGCCUGUUAAGCAUGCAGAGAAGUUCGCCCCUCACAACAGAAGCCAAGUGUUGGCCUGGGACCUCCUCACGCUCUUCACCAAAGAGAGUCAAGAACUGAGGCGAUACUUGAGCAAAGCCUUCCACAUCUGGUCCAAGCGAGACAAGUUCUCCACCACAUUCGUCAACAGUGUUGUCUCCCACACGGAAACGGACCGUGCGGCACCUGCCUGGAUGCUGCUGGCCAAGGUGGCCGGAUCCUCGCCCAGGUUGGACUACUCCAAAAUCAUCGACGCCUGGGACAGUACCAGCAGGAGUCAUGCCUCUAGCUUGGAGACCACGGUGCACAUCCUAAAUGUGAUUGGAAGCAUUGCAAAGCACCUACCCCAGAGCGUCCAAGACUGGCUGACUGAUGAUAUCAAAUGCUGGCUGCAGGACUUCCGGUGCCCGCUGGAGGCCAUCAGCCCCGCAAUUGAGACACUCCAGAAGCUGUGCCAUGCCUCUGCGGGGGACCCAAAGGAGGCGCAGGAGCUGUUGGACAGAAUCUGUGGCGAUCUAGUAUCUGCAUGUGAGCAUUGCAUUUCCAAUAUCGUCCUCCAAGAGAACGGCACAGAGCAGCUUGAUGAGGAUGCCUUGGUGAGACACCUCUUCACCCUGGGUGAGGCUGCUCAGCUCUGCCCCGCCAAAGUGGAGAAGCGCAUCUUCUUGCUGAUACAAUCCAUCCUGGCAAGUCCUGUCGAUAUGGAGCCGAUGCCCAGCCCCACAGACAGUGAGGAUCUGGUACCAUCUCAGCCGUUGUCCCAGUUCAGAGGUUCCAUGAUGCCUUCUGUGGUCAGAGCGCAUGCAUUCAUUACCCUAGGUAAACUUUGUCUCCAGCAUGAGGAUCUAGCGAAGAAAUGCAUUGCUGCCCUGGCCCGCGAACUGGAGGUGUCGAAGGACGUGGCCAUCCGCAACAAUGUGGUCAUUGUGAUGUGCGACCUCUGCAUCCGCUACACAACCAUGGCAGACAGGUACAUCCCUGACGUCUCCACCUGCUUGAAGGACUCGGAGCCUUUCAUCCGGAAGCAGACACUCAUUCUCCUCACCAACCUCCUGCAGGAAGAAUUUGUGAAGUGGAAAGGCUCUCUCUUCUUCAGAUUUGUCAGCACUCUGGUGGACCCAAACCAGGAUAUUGCCAGCUUGGCUGAGUUCUGCCUGGUCCAUCUCCUGCUCAAGAGGAACCCGGUGAUGUUCUCCCAGCACUUUAUCGAAUGCAUCUUCCACUUCAACAGCUACGAGGGGCACGAGAAGUACAACAGAUUCCCGCAGAGCAAGCGGGAGAGGACGCUCUUUUCCUUGAAGGGCAAAGCUCACAAGGAGAAGCGGACGCACAUCUACAAGUUCCUGCUGGAGCACAUGACAGACGAGCAGCGGUUCAACAUCACUUCAAAAAUCAGCUUGAAUGUCUUGGCCUGCUUUGUGGAUGGGCUCCUCCCUCUCGACAUGGAGGCCAGUGAGCUGCUCUCAGAUACCUUUGAGAUCCUGAGUUGCAAGGAGAUCAAGCUGUCGGCCAUGAGAUCCAGGCCGGAGGAGGACAUCCAGCCAGACGAAGGCGAGCUGGCCAUGGCCAAUGUUGUCAUGCAGGUGGCCCAGAAGAAACUCAUCUCCCAAGUUCAAAAGAAGAAUUUUAUAGAGAACGUCAUCCCGAUCAUCACUUCGCUGAAGACGUUGUUGGAGCAGAGCAGGCUUCCGGCACUGAGAGACCUCAUGAACUAUCUCCGGGAGGUGAUGCAGGAUUAUCGCAACGAAAUCCAGGAGUUCUUUGCUGCAGACAAGCAGCUGGCGGCUGAGCUGGAGUACGACAUGAAGACGUACGAGGAGCAGCUGGAGAGGGAGUCGGGCCAAGGCCAGGAGCCUCCUGUGGAGCCAGAAGCCCUUGGUGCAGCAGUGCAGAAGUCUCCCAGCUCGGAGAGAGCGGCGCUUCCAGGUGACCAAGACAAAGAGGACUCUCCUGCUGCCAGAAGAGACUCCUUGCCCGUGAGAUUGCCUCCCCUGCCUCUGGUCCCGGUUGGAUUUGCUACCCCCAGAGUGAACCUCCCGAAGCCCCGGCCCAGGCAUGUGUCCCUGAACACUUUGGCCAUCCUCAACUCGGCGAAAAAGGCCGUGGAGGCCACUAACAAGCAGCGCAGCAGGAGUGUGGGAGAAAGGCCUGUGUCCCCGGGAAGCAGGCCGGGCAGUAAGCAAGCAUCCUUCUGCAGCCUCAACCAACAGUCCCUGGGAGCCAACAUUGCCCUGGAAGGCCGGGCAAUCAGCACCCCCGAGAAGUCGAUUGACAACGUGACCUUUGGGGCAGGAGUCAGCUAUAUUGGUCUGAUACACACCCCGGCUUCAGCUCAAGACAAAAUGGGAGGCCAGGAUCCACAGCGAGCAGUGGUCUGCUUGACGGCGCCCGAUAAGCCGAGCUCUUUUGGAUUGUCCUCUGUUGAAAGAACAAAGAGCUGUGAUUGGAAAGAGAACUCAAAAGAGCCUGGGUACAAGUGGAAGAUUAAUGCAUGCACGGGCUUCUCUGCAACCAGGAACCAGACCCAUCCUUUCCUCUCCAAAACAAGAGUGAGGUGUGUCCUCAGUUCCAGUUUCCACACAUACCUCUCCAAAGAAUCAUGCCAAAAGUCGUCCUGCAGAGAGAACUUGCCUUGGCCGGAGGAAUAAUCUCAACAUAUGAAGGACUUCUUACAUACACAACCCCCCCUGUUUGUGCCUUAAGGGAUAAUUUCCUGUCUUUGAGACAUGGACCUAAUUCCUGCUGCUACAAUUGUAUGCACAAUAAAUAUAGAACAGA